AUCGGAGGGCGCAAGGCGCGCUCCUUAUCGCCAUCACCACAAUAUAAUACAUUCUAUGAUUAUAAAUAAAUGGUUUCUAAAAACUUAAAGUGCACCCUCAUUAUUCUAUAUGGUGUUGGGAGUAUUUUGCUUUCAAAAUGGAAAGUUUAAAACCACCAGAGCCGAUGAAAUUUGAUGGAAAUCUUGCUUCAAAUUGGCAAAGAUUGCUGCAAUCAUUCGAAAUAUAUGAAGUAGCUAGUGUAUUACAUAAUAAAGAAGAGAAGGUAAGAGUUAAUACUUUUCUUCAUGUAAUAGGAAUUCGUGGUUUUGAAAUAUAUAAUACAUUUCCUAUAAAAGAAGGUAAAGAAAUUAAAUUAAGUGAAAUUAAGACAAAGUUUACUGAAUAUUGUAUUCCUAAAAAAAACAUUACAUAUGAAAGACAUUUAUUCUUUACUAGAAAUCAAACCGCGUCAGAAACCAUAGAUGAAUAUGUAACUGACCUUCGAAAUAAAGGUAGAACAUGCGAGUUUGCACAAUUAACGGAUAGUUUAAUAAAGGAUAAAAUUGUUUGGGGUAUUAAAGAUGAUGUAGUGAGAGUAAGAUUGUUACAUGAAACAGAAUUAACAUUAGAAAAAGCUCUUGAUAUAUGCAGAUCUGCUGAAAGAAGUGCACAUCAAAUGAAAAUCAUAAAAGAUGAGAAAACUGUUGUAAACUUAGUGAAAAAGAAACUAAGUAAACAUAAUAAGAAUACCUAUGAAGAGGUAAAUACCGAGAAACAAAAGACAAAAGUUUGUUCUAAAUGUGGAAAGUCUCAUGAGUAUCGAAAGUGGCCAGCAUAUGGAAAAAUCUGUCAUAAGUGUAAAAAGGCAAAUCAUUUCGUGAAUCAAUGUAAAACCUAUAUAAUAAAAAAUUAAGCAGUCAAGGUAAAUAAAAAAGAUAGACAAAUUAAAUUAAUAAAUCAUGACUCUGAGGAAGAGUUAGAAUUUUAUGUAAGCACAUUAAAUCCUAAUUCAGAUAAUAAGGAAGAGAAAUGGACUGUUGACGUUAAUGUAAAUAAAAGUAAACUAAAUUUGCAGUUAAAUACUGGAGCAAUGUGCAAUGUAAUUUCUAAAAGCAAAGUGAAAUUGCUAAAUGUUCCGAUACAGAAGUCUAAAAUUAAAAGAUUAGUUACAUUCUGUGGGAAUAAAAUGAAUACUUUAGUAAAAGUAGUAAAAUAAUUAUGUUGUCGAAUUCCAAGUUAUUGACAAAGAAGUACCUUCAAUAUUAGGAUUAAAAUCAUGUUUGCAACUAGGUUUGAUUCAAAAAGUAAUGUCUGUUUACACUGAACACUUACUGGAGGAAUACAAAGACGUAUUUGAAGGCUUAGGUUGUUUGAAUGGAGACUAUAAAAUCCAGUCAAAACAAGAUGCAACACCAGUAAUUCAUCCUCCAGGAAAAAUACCCAUAGCUAUAUGUGAUAAAGUGAAGAAAGAAUUACAAAUAAUGGAAAAUUUAAAUGUUAUUGAGAAAAUAAGAGAAACAAUUGAAUGGGUAAAUUCAAUGGUCACAGUUGUCAAACCUAACAAAAUAAGAAUAUGUUUAGAUCCUAGAGACUUAAAUAAAGCUAUAAAACAAGAACAUUAUCUUAUGUUAACCAUUGACGAAGUUGUCACUAGAAUGGCAAAUGCAAAAAUAUUUUUUAUUUUAGAUGCUAAUAGUGCUUUUUGGCAAAUCUAGCUUGACAAAGAAAGUAGUAAUUUGUG